AUUGACAUUGAUUGUAAUACGACGCAAUCGCACUGCUGCCUAUUUAUCAGUGGAAUUUUUUUUUCACCAUAUCAAUACAAAUUUUGAUAAAUUUCCAUUAACUCACAUUAGUAUCAUUCACUAUCGUACUGGUUAUCUAUCUGCCGCAGAGGACAUUCGGUGAAUUACAAUCAAACGCAAGCAAUCUCAACCAAUUUCAAUUCAACAAUGGGUUCAGAAGCAGAGGAAAAUUUGGACAAAUGUUUCGAUGUUGUGUCAGCUGUUGUUCGAAAAGCCGGCGAUUUGAUCGCAAGCCGAUUUUGGAAGAGCAAAAAAGUGCAACAAAAGUUGAGUGACAUUGACCUUGUCACCGAAACUGACCAGGAAGUGGAAAAAUUGCUUAUCGAUACUUUAACUGCCGAAUUUCCACACCAUCGUUUUAUUGGUGAAGAAGCAACAAGCGAAGGUGCAAAAUGUGAAUUGACCGAUGCCCCGACAUGGAUCAUUGACCCAGUUGAUGGAACGAUGAAUUUUGUUCACAGUUUUCCGCAUUCAUGCAUUUCAAUCGCAUUAUUGGUCAAGAAGCAAGCUGAGAUUGCAAUAAUCUACAAUCCAGUGCUGAAGCAACUGUUCACUGCGCGACGCGGACAAGGUGCCUUUUAUAAUGGCAAACAAAUGCAUGUGUCGGACAAGAAAGAAGUGUCACAAGCGUUGGUGGUGGCUGAGUUUGGAACCAGUCGCGAUGAAAAGAAAUUGGAUAUCAUGCUUGAGAAUUUCCGGAAAAUCUUACAAACUUCGCACGGAGUCCGAGCACUGGGAUCGGCAGCGCUUAACAUGGCUUAUGUUGCGGUCGGUGGUGCCGAUGUUAAUUUCGAAUUUGGCAUCCAUGCAUGGGACAUUGCCGCAGGUGAUUUGAUCGUUCGCGAAGCAGGUGGGGUGGUCAUAGAUCCAGCCGGUGGUCCAUUGGACUUGAUGUCGAGACGUGUUCUAGCCGCUAGUUCACCGGAACUUGCUAGCGAGUUCAGCAAAUUGAUCAAACAGUAUUAUCCAGAACCUAGAGAUUAAAAUAAUCGGUGAAUCGUCACCUUGAACACUAAUAUAUUCAUCAAUUAUCAAUUAUUAUCGUACCAAAGUACAAACCAAAUGAUUUAUCUCAAUGUUUCAUUGUAUAUACACGUUAGCUGUUGUUUUAAAUAAAGAAUUCCGAAUUCCUUCAA